AUGACUUCUUUUGCAGGAACGUUUGGAUAUGCAGCUCCAGAGUUAGCAUACACAAUGGAAGUAAAUGAAAAAUGUGAUGUGUAUAGUUUUGGAAUAUUAACUUUAGAGAUACUUUUUGGGAAGCAUCCGGGAGAUAUUGUAACUUGUUUGUGGCAACAAUCUUCAGAAAGUGUUAUGGACCUCACACUUGAUACUUUGCCAUGGAUGGAGAAGUUGGACCAGCGUCUCCCAUAUCCCAGAAACAAUGUUCAAAAGGACGUGAGUUUGAUGAUAAGGAUAGCAAUUUCAUGUUUAACCGAAAGUCCAAGAUCUCGCCCUACCAUGGAGCAGGUCUGCAAAAAGCUUAUAAUGUAA